AUGACCUUGCUCCAGCCCAGAGAGAAAUCAGCCUACGCACGCAGGCCCGGCCCGGACGGAUCAAAACCCUACCCGGUUUGCGACCCGCGCCCGACUUGUGCGACCCGGUUCAUGGCCGAAACCCUAGGGUUUCUUCGCAGCGCCGAGAGGGAUUGCAGGGACGUCGGCGGCUCGGCGGCAGCGGCAGUGUGGGCGGCGGUGGUUCGGCGAGGGGCGGUGACGACGUCAGGGUCGGCGAACAGGAGCUCGGCUGCUGCAGGUUGCGUGGCGAGGGGAGCGAGCAGCGGCGUCGGGUCGCUAGUCCGAGCGGCACGGGCGGAGCAGCAGGCAGGGGGUAGAAGACAGCUUCGCUCGGAGGAGGCUCGGAGCGGAUUUGCUGGGCCUCGGAGUACGGCGGUGACUGGUGGAGACGCGGCCAGGAGCAGCAGCGCGGAGGUGUGGGCCGGUGCGGGGCUCGCUCGGCGGUGGAGUGACGACCAGCUCAGAUCUCCCGUCGUCGGGACUCAGCGAAGACGCGGCCGAGGCGUGCGGUGGCUAGGCGAGACGGGAUGCGCCGGCGAGGAGGAGUGUGGCGGCCUGGCGAAAAUCAGCAACCAGGAGCAGAGGCGGCGAAGUGGAGGCUCGGGAUCUGGUGUUUUGAUAGGAGGGCGGCGGCUUGGUGCAGUGGGUCGCUCGGAUUGCAGACACGCAGAUGCGCGGUGCCACGGGGUCGCGCUUCGGCACGGUAGAUCUGGGCAGAGGCGUGGCCGGCAGAUCUGGGCAGAGGCGGAGGCACGGCGUAGUGGUGGCCGGCAGAGGCAGGCUGUUGGGAUGGCGUGCGGAGGGCAGCGGCUCGGACGGCGUCGGGUAGCGCCGCCGCUGCCCUCUUCCCUCAGAUCUGGUUUGUUCGGGCAGCAACGGCGCCGGCUUCGCGGGUUGCUGGCGUUGCGAAGGGCCGAGCAGCGGCGGCAGUGUCGCCGCUGUAGCUUCGGCGGCGAGUUGCUUAGUUUCUCCAGUGGUCGCUGCGGCGUCAGCGACGAAGCUGGUUGCAGGAGCGGUGGCGGCACGGCGAGAGGACUAGGAGCGGCUCGGAUGGGAGAUGGAGGGCGGCGGUGA